UUUUUUUUUUUCUCUCUAUACAGACAAAAUGACUACCAUUCAAAACGAAAAGGGAAAACUUAUGAUAUGUAUCGAUCGUGGUGGUACCUUUACUGAUUGUAUUGGCUUUCGUGGAACUCCUGGACAGUCUGACUAUGAAGAGUAUGUUAUCAAACUAUUAUCAGAAGACCCUUCAAAUUACAAAGAUGCUCCAACUGAAGGUAUUCGUCGUAUUCUUGAACUAGCUACUAAGAAAUCAUAUCCUCGUGACCAACCUGUACCUACAGACCUACUUGCUAGUGUACGAAUGGGUACUACUGUAGCUACGAAUGCUCUCUUGGAAAGGAAAGGUGAACAUUGUGCUUUAUUGAUUACAAAAGGUUUUAAAGAUUUAUUGACUAUUGGAAAUCAAUCGCGUCCUAAGAUUUUUGAUCUAUCUGUUACCAAACCUGAUGUACUUUAUCAAGAUGUUAUAGAGGUGGAUGAAAGAGUAAUUCUUCUCAAUUCUGCCGCUACCUCGGAGCCUAUUGACCCUCAAACUCUAUCAAAGGAAGAUUCGCAUGUUGUACAAGGUAUUUCUGGUGACUGGAUUCGUAUAUUGCAAAAGCCAGAUAUGGACAAGGUCAAGAAACAACUGCAAGGUUUAUUUAAUGAUGGUUAUAGAAGCAUUGCUAUCUGUUUGAUGCAUUCAUAUACCUUUCCUGAACAUGAACGUCAAAUUAGCGAUUUAGCCAAAUCAAUGGGAUUCACUCAUAUCUCUUUAUCUCAUCAAGUUAUACCUAUGAUCAAGAUGGUUCCCCGUGGUACUUCUGCUACUGCGGAUGCAUACUUGACACCUUGUAUUCAAAAGUAUAUUCAAGGAUUUACUGGUGGAUUCGAUAAUGGUUUUGAAAAUGGAAAUACUCAACUUCAAUUCAUGCAAAGUGAUGGAGGUUUAGUCCCUGUCAGUCACUUUUCAGGCUUUCGUGCUAUUUUAUCUGGUCCAGCUGGUGGUGUUGUAGGAUAUGCAUUGACAAGUUUUGAAUCAGAAUUGGAUCGCACUCCAGUGAUUGGUUUUGACAUGGGUGGAACUAGUACUGAUGUAUCACGCUAUGAUGGAAUGUACGAACAUGUUUUUGAAACAACUACGGCUGGUGUUACUAUCCAAGCUCCUCAACUAGAUAUUAAUACUGUCGCUGCUGGUGGUGGUUCUAUGCUAUUCUUUGAAAAUGGCAUGUUUGUUGUUGGACCUCAGAGUGCUGGUGCUCAUCCUGGUCCUGCUUGCUAUCGUAAAGGAGGUCCUUUGGCUGUAUCUGAUGCAAACUUAUUCUUAGGAAGACUAUUACCCGAUUAUUUCCCCAAGAUCUUUGGUCCUAAUGAAAAUGAAUCAUUAGAUAUCAACGUGGUUCAAGAAAAGUUCAAUAAACUGGCCAAACAAAUCAAUCAAGAAACAGGUGAAACCAAAUCAUUGGAUGAAAUAGUUUAUGGAUUUAUCAAGGUAGCCAACGAAACAAUGUGUCGUCCCAUAAGAGCUUUGACAGAAGCAAAAGGUCAUGAUACAAGCAAUCACACUUUAGCAGUCUUCGGUGGAGCUGGCGGUCAACAUGCAUGCGGUAUUGCUCGCAAUUUAGGAAUCAAUAAGAUCAUUCUCUAUCGACAUUCGUCUAUUCUCUCAGCUUUUGGUUUGGCUCUGGCUGAUGUGGUACAUGAAGUGCAAGAACCUUGUGCUGAAACUCUUGGAGAAUCAUCAUUACUUAUCCUUCAACAACGUGUGGCGAAUCUGGUCAAAUCUUGCAACAACGAAUUACAACGACAAGGAUUUGAAGAAUCUCAACGAAAAACUGAAGUUUAUUUGAAUUUGCGAUAUGAUGGAACAGAUUGUGCAUUGAUGACUCUUCAACCAAUAACUUCUUCUGGUGAUCCAUCCUGGGAUUUCGAAACAGCGUUUGUUCAACUAUACAAGCAAGAAUUUGGUUUUUCUCUAACUGAUCGAUCUAUUGUGGUUGACGAUAUUCGUAUACGUGGCAUAGGGAAAACAAUGAAUCAAGAAGAUCUGACUCCUGGUAAAGAAAUCAACAGUUAUCAACAACUUCAUAUAGUGGAUGCUGAAAAGGAACAAUCGAGUCAAGCUUCUGUCUAUUUUGAAUCUACUGGUCGCUUGGAUGACGUACCUGUAUAUAAGUUAGCCAAUUUGGUACCUGGAUCAAAAGUAGAAGGACCAGCCAUGAUCAUUGAUGCCACAGCUACAGUUGUUAUAGAACCUUCUUGCUCAGCUUUGAUUACUUCGCAACAUAUCACUAUCACGGUCGGCAAAGGUGAAAAGAAGAAAGUCACUACCAAACUAGAACCUAUUCAACUCUCUAUCUUCUCUCAUCGAUUCAUGUCUAUCGCGGAACAAAUGGGACGUACUUUACAAAAAACAUCCAUUAGUACCAAUAUCAAGGAGCGACUAGAUUUCUCUUGCGCUCUUUUUGGUGCAGACGGUGGACUAGUGGCUAAUGCUCCUCAUAUUCCUGUUCAUUUGGGUGCUCUUAGUCAUGCAGUGACUUAUCAAAUGAACUAUUACAAGGAUGAUCUACAUGAAGGUGAUGUAAUCAUGACAAAUCAUCCUGCAGCUGGUGGCUCUCAUCUUCCAGAUAUUACUAUCAUCACUCCAGUAUUCCAUCAAGGAAAAAUUGUCUUUUUUGUUGCCUCUCGUGGUCAUCAUGCUGAUAUUGGUGGUAUUUCACCAGGAUCUAUGCCACCUCAUUCAAAGGAAUUGUAUCAAGAAGGUGCUGCUAUUAAAUCAUUCAAAAUUGUAUCUGGUGGACGUUUUGACGGAGAAGGUGUGAAGAAACAUUUAUAUGAUAUUCCUGGCUCUUAUCCUGGUUGUUCGGGUACUCGGCUUUUACAGGACAAUAUAUCUGAUCUCAAGGCCCAAAUAGCUGCCAAUCAAAAAGGAAUCACACUAGUUGAAAGAUUGAUUGACGAAUACUCUUUGGAAGUAGUACAAGCUUAUAUGUUACAUAUCCGCCGCAAUGCCGAAUCAGCUGUUCGAAACCUAUUGAAGCAAGUAGCCAAACAACAUCAAGGUCGCUUGGAAGGUCAAGAUUCAAUGGAUGAUGGGACGGUGAUCAAGCUUAGUGUGACUAUCAACGAAGACGAUGGCAGUGCAGUGUUCGAUUUUGAUGGCACAGGACCUGAAGUAUAUGGCAACACGAACACUCCUGAAAGUGUCUGUCAUAGUGCUAUCAUUUAUUGCAUCCGAUGUCUAGUGGAUCAAAAUAUUCCUUUGAAUUCUGGUUGUUUAGAGCCUAUUGAUAUUCGUAUUCCUCCUAGUUCCAUUCUGAGUCCUUCUGAAUCCUGUGCAGUAGUAGGUGGCAAUGUAUUGACUAGUCAACGUAUCUGCGAUGUGGUCCUCAAAACAUUUGGUGCCUGUGCUGCAAGUCAAGGCUGUUGUAACAAUUUGACAUUUGGGAAAGGUGGUAGAAAUGAAGAAACCGGUGAAGCUUUGCCUGGAUGGGGUUAUUAUGAAACAAUUGCUGGUGGUAGUGGUGCUGGUCCAACUUGGGAUGGUCAGAGUGGUGUACAUACGCAUAUGACCAAUACUCGAAUCACUGAUCCAGAAAUCCUUGAAAAACGAUAUCCCGUUGUGUUACGAGAAUUCUCUAUCCGUAAAGGCUCUGGUGGUCAAGGCAAAUAUAAAGGUGGUGAUGGUGUGAUCCGAGAUAUUGAAUUUUUGGAAUCAGGUAUUCAAGUCUCAAUAUUAUCUGAACGACGUGUUUUUCAACCCUAUGGAUUAGCUGGAGGUGAAAAUGGUCAGGCAGGAAUGAACUUAUGGAUACGUAGCAAUAAAAAGACGAACAAUGAUGAUGAUGCAACUCCUACUAUCUUGAAUCUUUCUGGCAAGAAUUCGGCACCUUUCAAAAAGGGAGAUCGUAUCGUCAUCAAGACACCUGGAGGUGGUGGAUAUGGUCAUCAACAGCAAUCGUCAUCCUCGGAUACUCGACAACAACAACAAGAACGCACUCUUCGUCAUCAUAUAGUAAAAGCAAGCGGAUCACUCGGUGCAUACAAGGAAAUCUCGGAAAGCGCCUAGUUAUAAUAUAGACUUCCUUUUUUAUACAAUCUAUAUGUAGUUUAUGUAUUAUUAUUACUAUUAUUUUUGUAUAUUUUAUAUGAUGUCGGUUUAAAGUCAAUAAAAGAGAGGUAUAAAAACAAAAA